ACUACCUUCUAUUAUUAUAUGGCCAUUUCUUGAAUUGUUCCUCAAAUCAACCACCACGAUAAUUCUGUACCCAAAGUUUCCAUAAUACCAUGGCUAACAAGAUGAAUAAUCAUGAUGAUCAUGAUCACAAAGUGAAGGUGAUAGAGCAGUUCCAAGUUGGUCCUCCACCAGGUUCUGUUCCUAUUUCAAUCUCUAUUCCCUUUUCUUUCUUUGAUCUUCCAUGGUUAUUCUAUUCUGUCACAACUAAACGAAUUUUCUUCUAUGAAUUCCCACACCCCACAACACACUUCUUUCAGAAAGUGCUUCCAAAUCUCAAACACUCUCUCUCUCUCACUCUCCAACACUUUUUUCCUUUCUCUUCCAAAAUAGUUUUCCCUCCAAAGCCACAUACCCCUCAUAUUCUCUACUCAGAAGGUGACACUCUUCCUUUCAUAGUUGCUGAAUCCACAACAACAAAUCUAAACAACCUCGUAUCUGACACACCAAGAGAUGUCACGUGCCUGCACCCUUUUGUUCCCAUUUUGCCCUCACCACAUGCCUUAGAAGAUGGCACCUUGUUGAUUUCUCCUAUGGCCAUUCAAGUAACAAUCUUUCCCAACUAUGGCUUCACCAUAUGCAUCAACUUCUAUCACGUGAUUGCAGAUGGUAGAUCCUUUCAUAACUUCAUCAAGUUUUGGGCUUCAAUUUGUGGGUCUAGAGAGAACCCUAUUGCUCUGCCACUGCAUGACAGAGACAUGAUUAUUCAAGACCCGAAAGGGCUUAAGUCUAUUUUCUUAGAAACAUUAUGGAAUUCUCCGAGAAAAAGCACCUUGACUAUUGUCCGUGAUGUUCCUAGUGACAUGGUGCGCCACUCCUUUGUUCUAAGGAAUGAUCAUGUUGAGAAUUUAAAGAAGUUAGUGUCUGCUAAUUGCCAAAGCCAUGGUUUGGUGGGGACAUUACAUGUGUCAACAUUUGUUGUGACAUGUUCUUUGAUUUGGGUUUGUAAGGUAAAAUCAGAAGUGAUGAAUACUCUUCCAAAUGAUGAUGAAGAUUUAUACUUUUAUUUUUGGGUUGAUUGCCGCUACCUUGCUAAACUGAAAAUUCCUUUGACAUAUUUUGGAAAUUGUUUGAUUAAUGCAAACACAGCUAUAAAGAGGAACAAGCUAGUGGGACAAAAUGGUAUUUUUGAAGCAGCGGUUGCCAUUGGAAACAAGAUUAGAGAAUUGCAAUCUGAACCUUAUAAGAAUGUUGACACAUUGAUGUCAUGUUUUAGUAAAUUUGGAUCAAUGGAGCAGCAUGCUGUGGCUAUUGCAGGUUCACCAAAGUUUGAUGCAUAUGAAACUGAUUUUGGGUGGGGAAAACCUAUGUUAAGUGAGGUGCUUCAAGCAGAUUCAAGAUUGUUCUCCCUUUCUGAUUGUAGAGAAAAAGAAGGUGGAAUUCAAGUUGGAGUAGCUCUUGGGAGGACUCAAAUGCAUAAAUUCAACUCUAUUUUGGAACACCUCCUUGCUGAUAUUGCAAUCAAGGGUGAAUAAUUAAUUUCCUCAAAAAUAAUAAUUAUGAGCUUUGGCUCAUAUAUAUCUCCAGUAGCUACUACAUAUUUUAAUCUCUUUUUGUGGUCAUGGUUAUUUAUUUUAGUAAGUGGAAGAUUAUGUUCAGAGAAUAAUUGGUCAUUUGGUCUUA